UUAGAGUUCGUGGGGCCCAGCUUAAUUCGGGUUGGGCUGCCAGCUUAAGCCUGAGCGGCGGCCGGGAGGCGCGAGAGCUGUGACGGCGGCGAGUAUUCUCUGGGCAACAACCUGCGCGAGAGCUGUGACGGAGGCGAAGAUCAAGAUGGAGAUCGCGACGGAGUCAAAGUCGGGGAGCAGGGACUCCGAUGCGGAGGUUGCGGGGUGUGAGAAGAGGAUGAAGGAAACAGAUUAUGAUUGGGAUGGAAGGUUAAAGUUGGAGAUUGAGUGGAAUCCGAUGAAGUUGCAGAUUCAGACUGUACAAGCCGAUAUGGAUCGGUUGAUGACGAGCGGUAAAGGGGAAGACGAAGGUGGAAUAGUGCAGUCGGAAGCCAAGACGUUGUUGGAAGAGAAUGGUAGAAUUGUGCAGAUGCUGCAGGGAAGCCUAAGCCCGCUUUUAGAAAAGAUAAACCAGCGAUUUGUGGAUCAUGAAGAGCUGGAUGGGAAGGACGCCUCGAAGAUGGAUUCGGCGAUGGGCAGCGGCCACGCCUCGAAGGUGGAUUCGGCGGUGGGGAACUCAAAGGAAGGCCACGCCACGAAGGUGGAUUUGGCGAUGAGGAACUCAAAGGAGGGCCUGGAAGGGGACAAGUCAGGGAAACGAAAAGUGUCAAAAAAGGAGGAAAAGUUGCAGAAGCAGUUGGAGCAGUAUGAGGAGUAUAGGAGGAAGAUGGCUGAGGAAGAGCUUCAUCGGGAUCCAGAGGAGCUAACAGACCCUUACGCCUGUCAAGCAAGGUUGUUUGAAAAAAGGUGGAACGAGCUCUAUCUGAAUCACUAUGGUCGCUUGGAAGACAACACAUCUAUCCCUUGCAAGCGGUAUACAGUUAAUCCUGCGCCAUGUGGUGGUCAGAAGUGCGAUACUCUGCAAGUGUUUUCUGUCAAGGUUGCAGAAUUAACAGGAGGUUUACAGUGGCCGCUCGAUGUGUUUGGUAUGGUAGCUCUGCGUGACAUGUUAGAUCACAACCGCAAUAUUAUCUUCAAGCGCGGAAGGGAUAACUGUCAAACUCUCACCGACGAGAAUCCAUAUUUAGUACUGUCUGGUCCUGUCCGUGGUGUUGUGUACACUGCUCCUGUGAUCUUUGAGGUAAGGUUGUCUGUGAGGGGCAUUACUGAGUCCGAUGACAAAGAAUUAAGCCUGCUAGCAGCUAGGCUCGUCAACCUCAGUUACAACCCACUGGAGUCACUUCUGAUUAAGAAGUCCUACACUAGCAGGCUUAGCACACUGGACUUCGAGCACGGCAAUAUUGUUUACUCUGUGGAAGCUACAAUCAGUGUGAAAGUGAUUUCUGGGCCACCUGAUGGUUUUUAUGGUGAGUUUGCUGCCGCUACAGACAGUUUAAAAUGUGAAAUCUUACUUCAUAGUUCUGGAUUUGAGGAACGACACCUUGCUGGUGAUGAGAUCAAGCUUUCAAGGAGUGUUGUUUCUGUUGAAAGCUUUGGAAAGCUGAUUGUUUCUGUUAGGGCUUCGGAUGGUUCUGUUACAUUGACGGGUACAAAGAAGUUCAGACCUCUGGAAAAGGGUAUAACGACUGGAAGGCUUCGUAUUGCUAAGUUGUGUCAAUUGGAAUUCACUGUGGCAUGGUCCCUUUUCUCUUAUUCGGGGACUUAGAUAGCUACAGUUUUAUUAGCUGCAAGGGAUGAUGUUGAAGGGGCGAUGCUUAGUACGUGGUGAUGAACCUGUAACUGUUGCUUUUUUUUUUUUUCAUUUCGUAGUGUCAAUUUGUACUGCUAGCUAUGACACUAGAAGUCUAGAACAUGUUUGCCUGUGGUUGGAAGCUAGAUAUGAUGUCGUUUAUCACCUCUGUUGUGUUCUGCACAAUGUAAUGAAUGAUUAAUACCCAAUUACCCAUGUUUGCCGCUUUGUUCUAUCA